UCAAAGGACGGAUUUUCAUUGGCUCUCGCUGGUAACGCUGGGUUUAAAAGCAUUUUGUAAACAAUUGUUUGGGCGGGAAGGUGAAGAAUGUGCAACUUUCUGCAAUACUUGAUGUGAUAGUGAAGCAAGAUAGUGAAGAUGGAAUCAUUUGAUUUUGUCAUUCCCUUAAGUUUGGAUGCUCUUCAAGAGUCAACAAGUACACGGCAGUAUGUGGUCACCAAUAUCUCUGUUAGUCGAGAAAUACCUAAAAAGAUUCAGGAGGCAGUUGUGAUGUUUAAACAAGAUGGGCCCAAAUUUAUUCUUAAAGAGCAAUGUUUUGAUGCAUUAUAUAGUGUCCUGGUCAACUUUGCUUCUGUUGAUGAUGAAUUUAAACAUAGAUCAUGGGAUCUGUUGGUUAAAGCAAUGGCAAAAGUGACUGCAGAACUCUCCCUACUGCUUGAUGGAGGAGACCUGUCAGGCAGAGAUAAACACCGCUGGCUGAAUAUUCUCAAGAUGACCACAUACUUGGCAUGUAACCUUACUGAGGCUUUUGAAAAUAAACACAACAAGCCAACUACUGAUACAGUAUUAACUGGGAAGGCACGGAAGAAGACCGCCCGAUCAUCAGUCGAUGAUACGGAUUGGGAAGAAGAGAGAAAUCGCAUGUUGCAUCAGUUCUUCUGUAUUUUGCAGUACCCAUUGCAGUGUCUGUGGGAACCACCCAUCAUGGAAGAAGAUUUUGUCAAUCUGAUUGCUAACUGCUGCUACAAGAUCCUUGAAUCUCCAAGUAUGAAUUUGGUGCGCACGAAGUCUACUCGUGAUUCCAUAUUUCAGAUAAUUGGUACAUUAAUCAAGAAAUUCAAUCACAGUCUAGGCUGUGCCUUGAAGCUUAUGCAGCUACUACAACACAUUGAGCAUAUGGUGACUCCUGCUGCCCAGGGUGUAAUUCUUCUCGUUGAAUCCUUUGGGAUAAAAACUGUGUUUUCUGAACUGGUACGAGAAAUAUCCAAAGUGGAUGUCAGGGAAUUGUUGAAGGACACCUCAGGCCUUCGUAAUUUCUCACAGUUUCUUAUGGAAGUGUCUGAUAAAUGUCCACAAGUGAUAAUGCCAUCACUUAGCCUACUAAUUAAUUUUUUGCAUGAAGAGGCAUAUACUAUGCGGAACUGUGUGUUGUCUAUCCUUGGGUCUUUAGUUCUGAAAGUUCUUAGUGGAGAAGAUCUUGAUAACAAGAGCAAAGACUUAAGAGACCAGUGUCUUGACCACCUUGAGGACCACAUUCAUGAUAUUCAUGCCUUUGUUCGCAGUAGAGUUCUACAGAUAUGGAAUGAUUUAAUAACAGAAAAGGCAGUUCCUUUACGUAGGCAGCAUCAAAUACUGGAGCUUAUACUAGGGCGCUUAAAGGACAAGUCUUCAGUUGUACGAAAGAAUGCAGUUCAGUUGUUAACUGCAUUUGUGAAAGGCAAUCCAUUUGCUGCAAAGUUACCAUUGGAAGAACUACAAUCUCAGUAUGAAGUGGAACUGAAGAAGCUUAAAGAAAUGGCACCUGACAUUAAAUUAGAUUCUUCAGGUGAAGUGAAUGCACCCUUGGAGAAGACUGUUACUGCAAAUGAAGUAUGGAAAGCAAUGCUUCCAGAAGUAGUUGCCAAUAUUUUUGAAAUUGUAAAUGAAGACGGAACUGAUGAUGAUGAUGACAAUGAAGAUACUGUAGACAAUGGUGCCUCUCUUAAUGAUGUUUUGUCUGAUGUAGCAGAGGCACUGAAGUCUAGCAAGAUACGUCGUGCAGUGAAACUAUUGGAAUGUGCUUUUGAAUUAUUCCGUGGAGAUAAAAUUCUUGUGUAUGACCCUGAGGAGCAUGGCAGGAUAUUGCAAGAUGAGAUUUUGGAAAAGUUGAAUGACCAUCAAAUACGUUACCUUAAGGUCUUAGAGCGCAUUUUUAAAGCAGCUGAAGAAAUGGAAAGAAAAAAAGAAGAUUCUGUAAAGAAUGGAGAAAAAAUGGAAGAUGAAGAAGAAAAAGGUGAAGAAAAUGAAAAGAAUGAUAAAGAAAGAGAAGAAAAUGCUGAAAUAACCAAACAAAGGCUUUUGGUGAUAUAUCUUAAGGAUUCUGUUGGCUUUGCAAAAUUAAUCCAUAAGGGUUUGCCUGUGGUAUGCCAACUGCUGGGCAGCAAACAAGUCUCUGAUGUUUUAGAAGCCAUUUCAUUCUUUGUUACAGCAUUUGAAUUUGGCUUGCUGAAUGCUAUGACUGGGGUCAGACGAAUGCUGGGAUUGGUAUGGAGCAAGGAAGAAGGUAUCAAGUCGGCUGUUGUAGAGGCUUAUCAGCGUCUUUACAUAAAUGUUGAUGUCUCAAAUGAGAGAACACGUGCUCUGCAUAUAGUACGUAACUUAUCUGCACUCAUCACUGGGGCCACCCUGGGAGAACGAACAUCAAUGGAGGAGAUUAUCACUCAGUUUGUCACUUCAGGCGACAUUACUAAACAGUGUAUGACACUACUAUGGGAACGUUUUACAAAAACUUUGUCUGACACAACUGAUGAUGAAGCACGAUCAGCACUUGUGCUCCUAGCUAUGUGUGCUAAUUCAGAAGCUAGUAUCAUCUCGAGUAACAUAAGUGUGCUAAUCAACUCAGGCCUGGGAGAACGAGGUGAACAAGAUUUAGCACUCGCAAAAGAGACUUGCACUGCACUGCUUAAAUUAGCUGUUCCGAAACCCAAGACCGAUGCACCUACGGCACCAUAUCGCUUGGAUCGUAACCAUGAAAUUUUUGAGCAUCUCGGCAAGAUCCUUGUUAAGUGCUUAACAGUUCUCCAAGAUCGUCAGUAUUCUCCCAUGGCUGUAGAGGCUGUGUCAACUAUUUAUGCACUGGCUGAACAUCCAGACCUUAUAUGUGGAGAGAUUAUAAAAGAGAUGAGCAAAGUUAUGUUGGACCUCCAUAAUGAAGACCCUGAGCCAGAAAGUGAAUGUACUCAAUCACAGGGAAACAUUCUUAAAGUGCCCAUGGGAGUUUUAUCUCGCUUCUAUGUGGUCAUAGGCCAUGUGGCUUUGCGGCAGCUGAUUCAUCUCGAUACUUUCAUAUUCUCAGAGCUAAAGAGAAGAAAUUUCCUUAAAGAAGAAAUGGAAACAGAAAAGAAGAUUAAAAAGAAAAGAAAGAGCAGAAAAAAGUCGCAUGCAACCUCUGCAACAGAGGCAUCUAGAUUAGGUUCACAAGAAGGAGACAUAGAUGAAGAAAUGGGGCUUACAGGUGCUGUGGCUGAUGAUAUGGAGGCAGAGUAUAUUCGUUCAAUAUGUGAGACUGAGAUCAUCACUGGAGACAACCUUUUGGCUACUGUCAGGCCAUUGAUUUGGGCAGUGUGUUCGAAUCCUGGCAAAUAUCCUGAUCCUGAGUUACGAACAGCAGCAACUCUAGCUCUGGCAAAAUUUAUGAUGGUUUCUUCUGAUAUCUGUGAAGAAAAUUUGCAGCUGAUAUUUACUAUUUUGGAGAAGUCAAAAGAAGCUGUGAUUCGUGGCAACACAGUAAUUGCUCUAGGAGAUCUCUCCUUCAGGUUCCCCAAUCAGUUAGAACCAUGGAUCCCACGCCUCUAUGCCAGAUUAAGAGAUGAUUCCCCAAAAGUUCGUCAAAAUACUCUAACCAUCCUUACGCAUCUUGUGCUGAAUGACAUGGUUAAAGUGAAGGGCCUAAUUUCUGACAUUGCUCUCUGCAUUAAUGAUGAGGACCCUCGAAUCUCAGGUAUGCAGAAUUUUAAAAUUCAUUAA